AUGGCACAAUGCGCGCAUGUGCCAACUUGCCAACUUGGGGCCAUGGCAUCUGACAAGAGUCAAAACGAACGAAUCGAAGCUAUACAGUGGUCGAUCGUCUUACCGAAACAUCGAUGGUCCCAUUCUUUCGAGGGGGUAGAUGUUGGUGCUAAGGCGGCGUCCAAGGAGGAAUCAGGCAUGCGUGCAGGCGAUGAAGAUGCAGUUGAGCCUAUUGAACAUGACAAUCUUGUCAUCUAUAUUUCGCAUGAGGUCACACAUACUAGGACUUGUUGGAAAUGGCUGAAAACGUUAAUCAAGGGCUGUUUGUAUUUAAGGACUCCUGCAGGAUGCUUUCCCAAAAAUUCGUUGUCUCCGAUUAUUCUGGCGCAGUACGUCAGUAAUAAGGAAACUAGAUUGUUCAGAGACGAGCCAAAAGCUUGGGAACUGACUCCGCGGGGCACGUAUGCGCCAGACCAUCUGGCUGGUUGUCCGUCUGGCUUCCCGCCACAUGCAGCACUACCGUGUUUCAAGUUGGUGACAGCCAUUGGUAUUCGUUGCAGUAUCCUCGCCCGGAUCGGCAUUCAGCGGACCAAUCAGAGUCUAUUCCACAGCACGUUACUUGCUGCAUAUCAGGCCUGA